UAUCUCUCCUGCGCUUUCUUCUGGUGUGAAACAAGAGCUCUUCAGGUGCUAAUGGAGCCCUUUAUAGGCUCUUUGAAAUGGAGAUGUGGCAAAUGGAUAAAUUCCUAAAUGGAUGAGUGGAUGUGCCUUUAGUGGUGCCCUAACGGGUGUUCCUCGAGUGAGGUUACUGUUCAUGCCUGGCUUUUGCUGAAUUACUGAUCCAUCACUCCCUUGUUGCUGCCUCUGUCUCCCUCUGGCUCACAGACAGAUCAGAGGGAAAGAUUUCCUUCUGUGGAUCCAAAUCCUUCAGAAGAAAAAGUCCUGACAGUCCCAUGUUGAGCAAAGCUGAAUUUGUGGAGAAGGUUCGGCAGAGCAACCAGGCUUGCCAUGACGGCGACUUCCACACCGCGAUCGUGCUCUACAACGAGGCGCUGGGGGUCGACCCCCAGAACUGCAUUCUCUACAGCAACCGUUCUGCAGCCUACAUGAAAAUCCAGCAGUAUGACAAGGCCUUGGAUGAUGCCAUCAAGGCACGACUCCUGAAUCCCAAAUGGCCAAAGGCAUACUUCCGUCAGGGCGUGGCCCUGCAGUACCUGGGACGCCAUGCGGACGCGCUGGCCGCCUUUGCCUCGGGGCUGGCACAGGAUCCCAAGAGCCUUCAGCUUCUGGUGGGCAUGGUCGAGGCCGCCAUGAAGUCUCCCAUGCGAGAGUCCCUGGAGCCCACCUACCAACAACUGCAGAAGAUGAAGCUGGACAAGAGCCCCUUUGUUGUGGUGUCUGUGAUUGGUCAGGAGCUCCUGACUGCAGGCCACCACGGGGCCUCUGUGGUGGUGCUAGAGGCUGCCCUGAAGAUUGGCACUUGCAGCCUGAAGCUGCGGGGAUCGGUGUUCUCUGCGCUGAGCAGUGCGUACUGGUCCCUCGGGAACACGGAGAAAAGCACUGGAUACAUGCAGCAGGACUUGGACGUAGCCAAGAGUUUAGGUGACCAGACAGGAGAAUGCCGAGCUCAUGGAAAUCUGGGCUCUGCAUUCUUCUCCAAAGGAAAUUACCGGGAAGCCCUUACUAACCACAGACAUCAGCUGGUGCUUGCCAUGAAGCUCAAGGACAGAGAGGCAGCAUCCUCGGCACUGAGCAGUCUGGGCCACGUGUACACAGCCAUCGGGGACUACCCAAAUGCACUGGCUAGCCACAAGCAGUGUGUCCUCCUCGCCAAGCAGUCCAAAGAUGAGCUCUCCGAGGCACGGGAGCUGGGCAACAUGGGAGCAGUGUACAUUGCAAUGGGGGAUUUUGAAAAUGCAGUGCAGUGCCACGAGCAGCACCUGAAGAUUGCCAAGGAGCUGGGGAACAAGCGGGAGGAAGCUCGAGCCUACAGCAACCUGGGCAGUGCUUACCACUACCGCAGGAACUUCGACAAAGCCAUGUCCUACCACAACUAUGUGCUGGAGCUGGCCCAGGAGCUGGCUGAGAAGGCCAUUGAGAUGCGAGCUUACGCUGGCCUGGGCCAUGCAGCUAGAUGUAUGCAAGACCUGGAGAGGGCUAAGCAGUACCAUGAAGAACAGUUGCACAUUGCUGAGAGCCUGCAGGACCGAGCUGCUGAAGGCAGAGCCUCCUCCAAUCUAGGAAUCAUCCACCAGAUGAAAGGUGACUAUGACACCGCGCUGCGGCUGCACAAGACACACCUGUCCAUAGCGCAGGAGCUGAGCGAUUACGCGGCCCAGGGCCGGGCCUACGGCAACAUGGGCAACGCCUACAAUGCCCUGGGCAUGUAUGACCAGGCUGUCAAGUACCAUCGGCAGGAGCUGCAGAUCUCCAUGGAAGUCAAUGACCGUGCUUCUCAGGCAUCCACACACGGGAACUUGGCAGUUGCUUAUCAGGCGCUGGGUGCCCACGACCGUGCUCUGCAGCACUACCAAAAUCAUCUCAACAUUGCCCGGGAGCUGCGGGACAUCCAGAGUGAAGCGCGAGCCCUCAGCAAUUUGGGCAACUUCCACUGCACACGAGGAGAGUUCGUGCAGGCAGCCCCGUACUAUGAGCAGUACCUGCGCUUGUCCCCUGAGCUGCAGGACAUGGAGGGCGAGGGGAAAGUUUGUCACAACCUUGGCUAUGCCCAUUAUUGCCUCGGGAACUAUGAGGAAGCUGUUAAGUACUACGAGCAGGAUCUUGCCUUAGCGAAGGAUCUUCAUGACAAGUUGAGCCAGGCCAAGGCCUAUUGCAACCUAGGCCUGGCCUUCAAAGCCUUGAUGGACUUCAGCAAAGCAGAGGAGUGUCAAAAAUACCUGUUGUCCCUGGCACAGUCUCUGAACAAUUCCCAGGCCAAAUUCCGAGCUCUGGGGAACUUGGGGGAUAUUUUUGUCUGUAAAAAAGAUGUACAUGGUGCAAUAAAAUUUUAUGAGCAGCAGUUGAGCUUAGCCCAUCACGUUAAAGACAGGAGACUGGAAGCCAAUGCCUAUGCAGCCCUGGGCUCUGCAUACAGGAUGGUACAGAAGUGUGACAAGGCUUUAGGUUACCAUACACAGGAGCUGGAGGUGUACCAAGAGCUGGGGGAUAUGUCAGGUGAAUGCAGAGCACAUGGUCACCUUGCUGCAGUGUAUAUGUCACUUGGGAAGUACACCAUGGCCUUCAAGUGCUACGAAGAACAGCUGGAGCUGGGGCAGAAGUUGAAGGACCCCAGCAUCGAAGCCCAGGUCUACGGUAACAUGGGCAUUACCAAGAUGAACAUGAAUGUCAUGGAGGAAGCGAUUGGCUACUUUGAGCAGCAGCUGGCCAUGCUGCAGCAGCUGAGUGGGAAUGAAUCCGUAUUAGACCGGGGCCGAGCCUAUGGGAACCUGGGAGAUUGUUAUGAGGCUCUGGGAGAUUUUGAGGAAGCUAUAAAGUAUUACGAACAGUACCUGUCUGUGGCUCAAAGCUUGAACCGUAUGCAAGAUCAGGCAAAGGCCUACCGAGGCUUGGGCAGUGGGCACAGGGCUAUGGGAAGUUUACAGCAGGCUCUGGUGUGCUUUGAGAAGAGGCUUGUAGUGGCACACGAGCUGGGGGAGGCAUUUAACAAAGCCCAGGCUUACGGGGAGCUGGGAAGCCUGCACAGCCAGCUGGGCAACUACGAGCAAGCCAUCUCGUGCCUGGAGCGGCAGCUGAACAUCGCCCGGGAGAUGAAGGACCGAGCCCUGGAGAGCGACGCUGCCUGUGGCCUGGGCGGGGUCUACCAGCAGAUGGGCGAGUACGAGACCGCCCUGCAGUACCACCAGCUGGACCUGCAGAUCGCCGAGGAGACCAACAACCCCGCGGGCCAGGGCCGGGCCUACGGCAACCUGGGCCUUACCUACGAGUCCCUGGGCACCUACGAGAGGGCAGUGGUUUAUCAGGAGCAGCACCUCAGCAUUGCAGCGCAAAUGAACGACCUUGUAGCCAAAACUGUGUCUUACAGCAGCCUGGGGAGGACUCAUCAUGCUUUACAGAACUACUCUCAGGCUGUGAUGUACCUGCAGGAAGGACUGAGGCUGGCAGAGCAGCUGGGUCGCAGAGAAGAUGAAGCAAAAAUCCGUCAUGGCCUCGGCCUCUCCCUCUGGGCGAGUGGCAACCUGGAGGAGUCCCAGCACCAGCUGUACCGCGCCUCCGCGCUGUUUGAAACCAUCCGCCACGAGGUGCAGCUGAGCACGGAUUACAAGCUGUCGCUCUUCGACCUGCAGACAUCCUCCUAUCAGGCCCUGCAGCGAGUUCUUGUCAGUCUGGGUCACCAUGAUGAGGCACUGGCAGUAGCAGAGAGAGGACGAACGAGGGCUUUUGCUGACCUGCUCGUGGAACGUCAGACUGGGCAGCAGGACUCGGAUCCCUACUCUCCUGUGACUCUUGACCAGGUCCUGGAGACUGUGAAUGGCCAGAGGGGACUUGUUCUCUACUACUCACUGGCUGCAGGUUAUCUGUACAGCUGGCUGCUGGCUCCUGGGGCAGGAAUCCUGAAAUUCCAUGAGUAUUAUCUGGGUGACAGCCUGACAGAAAAUACUGGGGACUUCCAUGAAGCCAACAGCGUGGCCCUGCAGACACUGACAAACUCAGCACUGGAGCAGCACAUCUCCAGUGUGAGGGAGGCUCUGGGAGUGGAUUCCUACUACACCAGAGCCUGUGCUAGCAGCGAGACAGAGAGUGAAGCUGGGGAUAUCAUGGACCAGCAGUUUGAGGAGAUGAAUAACAAGCUGAACUCAAUGACUGAUCCCACUGGCUUCCUGAGGAUGGUCAGCAGGAACAACCUAUUGAACAGGAGCUGUCAGAGCAUGACCAGCCUGUUCAGCAGUACCAUGUCUCCUGUUAAGGAUGGAACAUCAUCACUUCCAAGGAGGCAGACUUCUUUCACCAAGCCCCCACUCCGUGCUCUCUACGACUUACUGAUAGGACCCAUGGAAGGAGGUUUGAUGCAUUCCAGUGGGCCUGUUGGCCGCCACCGUCAGCUGAUCCUGGUUCUGGAGGGAGAACUGUACCUCAUUCCUUUUGCUCUCCUGAAGGGCAGUUCCUCCAACGAGUACCUCUACGAGCGCUUCAGCCUCAUUGCAGUGCCGUCCAUCCAGUCACUGAAUCCCAGCUCCAAGUCCCAUGUGAGGAAGAAUACUCCUGCUUACUCCAGUUCUACCUCAAUGGCAGCUGUGAUAGGAAAUCCCAAGCUCCCUUCAGCAGUUAUGGACAGGUGGCUGUGGGGACCUAUGCCCUCUGCAGAAGAGGAAGCAUAUAUGGUAUCUGAGUUACUUGGCUGCCAGCCCUUAGUUGGCAGUUCAUCAACAAAAGAGAGAGUCAUGAGUGCCCUCACUCAGGCAGAAUGUGUCCAUUUUGCAACCCACGUGUCCUGGAAACUGGCUGCUUUGGUCUUGACACCCAACACUGACAGCAACCCAGCCAGCAGCAAGAGUUCCUUUGGGAAUCCCUACACAAUCCCAGAAUCUCUUAGGAUGCAGGAUGAUGCCAGUGAUGUGGAGAGCAUCUCAGACUGCCCUCCUCUCCAGGAGUUCCUGCUUACAGCGGCUGAUGUGCUGGAUCUGCGUCUUCCUGUCAAGCUGGUGGUUCUUGGCUCUUACCAGGAGUCCAACAGCAAAGUCACUUCUGAUGGAGUCAUUGGCUUGACAAGAGCAUUCCUGGCUGCUGGGGCUCAAUGUGUCCUUGUGUCACUCUGGCCCAUUCCUGUGGCUGCUUCCAAAAUGUUUGUGCACGCCUUCUAUUCCUCUCUCUUAAAUGGGAUGAAAGCCAGCGCAGCCCUGGGAGAAGCAAUGAAAACCGUGCAGAGCAGCAAGCAGUUCUCCCAUCCAGCCAACUGGGCAGGCUUCAUGCUUAUUGGGAGUGAUAUGAAGCUGAACAGCCCUUCUUCACUGGUAGGACAAGCCCUGACUGAGAUCCUGCAGCACCCUGAAAGGGCCCGGGAUGCUCUGCGUGUGCUCCUUCAUCUGGUGGAGAAAUCAUUGCAGCGAAUCCAGAAUGGGCAGCACAACUCCAUGUACACCUCCCAGCAGAGUGUGGAGAAUAAAGUUGGUGGCAUUCCAGGCUGGCAGGCACUCCUCACAGCAGUGGGAUUUCGGUUGGACCCACCAGCCAGCGGCCUCCCAGCAGCAGUGUUCUUCCCAACCUCGGACCCUGGGGACCGGCUGCAGCAGUGCAGCACCACCAUCCAAUCCCUCCUAGGUUUGCCUAACCCUGCACUUCAGGCACUUUGUAAACUUAUCACAGCUUCAGAAACAGGAGAACAGCUUAUCAACAGGCUGCAUCAAGUCCUGGUUCAACUUCAAGCAGGCGAGAAGGAGCAAGAUUUCCCUUCUGCACCAAUCCAGGUCUCCAUCAGUGUCCAGCUCUGGAGGCUGCCGGGCUGUCAUGAGUUUCUGGCAGCUCUAGGUUUUGACCUUUGUGAAGUUGGCCAAGAGGAGGUCAUUCUGAAAACUGGGAAACAAGCUACCAGGAGGACCAUGCACUUUGCUCUACAAUCCUUGCUGGCACUUUUUGAUUCUACAGAGCUGCCCAAGCGCCUUAGCCUGGACAGUUCCUCAUCACUGGAGUCACUGGCUUCUGCUCAGUCUGUUUCCAACCCUGUACCCCAGUAUCAAAACCCUCCAUUCUCUCCUACCUGUCCAGACAGCAUUGCCUCAGAUGCCAUUUCUGUGUACAGCCUGAGCUCCAUUGCUUCUUCCAUGAGCUUUGUUUCCAAGCCAGAGAACAUGCUGGAUGGGGCAGGACACAGAGGGCGGCAGGAUUAUGAGAGGCCCAAGAAUAUCUAUCCACACAAGUCUGCAGCUCAGAGCCAGCUGUCACCACAAGCCACUGCAGCCAGCAAAGAUGAGGAAGAGUAUGAAGGUUUCUCUAUAAUCAGCAAUGAGCCUUUGGCCAGUUACCAAGAAAACAUAAAACCAAGAUUUUCCCCUGAUCACAAACAGCCCAAAACUAGUCAGAACGGAGGCAUUAAAGCAUCCAUCAACUCCAAAGGGAGCAUAAGUACGCCAAAUUCUCCUGUUAAAAUGACUCUUAUCCCAAGCCCAAAUUCACCUUUCCAAAAAGUUGGGAAACUUGCAAGUUCUGAUACUGGGGAAUCUGACCAGUCUAGCACUGAGACUGACAGCACCGUCAAAUCCCAGGAGGACAGUAAUCCAAAGCUUGAUCCACAAGAGUUGGCCCAAAAAAUUCUGGAGGAAACUCAGAGUCACCUCCUUGCUGUUGAACGUCUUCAGAGAAGCAGCAGCCAGAUCAGCAAGAGCAACAGCUCGGAGGAUGGGGCUCCCAGCCCGGGCGGCGUGUCCGCGUUCCGCUCCUCGGAGACCAGCGCCUUCAGCCGCCCGCUCAGCUCCAGCCAGAGGAACCAGUCUUCUUCACCUCUUGCAAUCAAACCAAAGCCUCCAACGAGGAGUUCAUCCCUUCAGAAGGUCAGCUCUGGCUAUAACAGCCCCACAACGUCGGAGAUGUCAAACAGAGAAGGCACAGGCCAGUACAGUGGGCAGCCAUCUCCAGGUUGUGAUUCACAUGGGUCCCUAACUGAGCAGCCUCCCUUUAAACUCAAGUACCCCAGCUCUCCUUAUAGUGCUCACAUUUCUAAAUCACCCAGAAAUAUCUCUCCGAGCUCAGGGCAUCAGUCCCCUGGUGGCAGCACUCCAUCUCCUGCUCUUUCUUAUUCCUCAGCUGGUUCUGCUCGCUCAAGCCCAGCUGAUGCCCCAGACAUAGACAAAUUAAAAUUGGCUGCCAUUGAUGAAAAAGUGCAAGCAAUUCACAACUUAAAGAUGUUCUGGCAAAGCACUCCCCACCACUCUACUGGUCCACUAAAGAUUCUCCGAGGAGCUCCUGGAACAAUGACUUCUAAGAAAGAUGUCCUCAGCUUGCUUAAUUUAUCACCACGGCACAGCAAAGAAGAAAGUGCAGAGAAGCUGGAACUGAAGGACCUGUCUAUUGGGCAACACCUUUCUGCUUCACCACAGAAGAUCCCUCCAAAUGGACACAGAUGCCCUGAAAGCACAAAUGCCAUGACAUCAGCUCAUUCCUCACCUGGCAACACUCUGGGAGCUGUGCGUCCCCUCAGGCUGCCAGCUGGGAACGGGUAUAAAUUUUUGUCACCAGGAAGAUUUUUCCCUUCCUCCAAAUGUUGAAAUGUCCCAAGUACCAGCUGAUGACUUACAGUCUUGUUGAAGUAUUUGCUUCUGCCCACUUGCCUUUACCAAAACAGAACCAGUAGCUAAGCAGCCGUGGUCAUGCCCUCAGCUGGCAGUGCCCAGGGAUGGGACAGGCUGGCCUGCUGUCACUGUGGGGGCACACGGCCUCACACACAUGGGUUUUUGUUUCCCUUAUCAGGACCUUGGCCAGACUCACCUGAUAACAGCUCCUUUGUCGUAUUCAGUAUUUGCAGCAGCAGGUGCAAAGCAUCUGGUUUUCUGCUCAUUAAAUACUGGCUUUUAAGCCACCUCCUCGUAUUUCUUAACCAGAAAGUUUUACAGAUGGGUUUUUGUACAGAAAUUACACAUAUCAGGGGUUGGAGAGGAGGCAGAACAUCUGUGUACCACAAAGAGCAUAGGUACAAGUCUCUGCCUGGAGAAAGAUGAGCCAUUUACUCGACUGCUUUCAAAGGCUGACAGAGGAGAAGACCACAUGCCUCUAGAUACCUCUGCCAGGUUGGCCAAACCAGAAACUGCUGUCAGUAAAACUCCAUAGCAGCAGGAUCUGGCAUUUCUGUUGCAUCAUUUAGAGACUGGUGAAACAAAGACAAGAGGAGAGAGGUGCCCCAUUCUAAAAUCUGCAUCUCAGGUAACUUUUUUGGAGGGAAAGCCCUCAGAUGAGACUUUGCUGGUUGGUCUGCUCAAAGGAAAUGUUUGGGGGCUAACAAACCAGGCGAGCCUGUGUGUGUGGUAGUGAGUGUGUGUCAGAGAGACGAGUUCUGGUUUUAUUGAGUGCUCUGGUCUCUCUGGCACACCACAUUGUGAAGGUGAACUUUUUAUCCUGGCAAGUUUUGGGUAGUACUUACAUCUCUGCUCAGUGAGCACAGAAAAGGAUAGCAGAUGCUGCAGCUCAGAACAUUAUUUUGCAGUUCCACAGCAGGCAAGAUUGUGACAUCAGUGUGUGCGAUUCAGACAACACCUGACCAAAAAAAUCCCUCCUUGAUCCUGCUAAAUCAUUGCCAGGCCUCAGCGCAGGCAGGUCUGUGAACCUUUUCCCUGCUGUGGAGGCAGGUUUCCUUUGGAGCAGGUGUGGAAACAAGUUUCAUUUGGAAACAUGCCAGUGUCAGCAGCUGUUGGUGCAGCUGGAGGCAGAACACGGGGCAGCAAGCGGAGGGGCUGGAUGCAGAACCUGAGUGCCCUCUGACACGUGGAGGAAAGGCGACCAAGAGCACCCCCAGGGCAAUACAGUCAGCUUCCCUAGGCUAGGUGGGGUUUAGGAGUUAGGGGCAGGCUGGAGAUGGUUUCUAGGUGGCUGUGGAAUGCAGUGAUGUGAUCAGGAUCCCAGUGAUUGUUUACAUGCACUGAGGCCGUGGGCAUGCGGCAGCAUCGACCCCGCCACGUGAGCUCAGAUCCGCGCAAGGUAUUCACAGGCUGUGAAGUCAGAGCACUGUAUCACCAAGGAUUUUGGUGUCUAUUCUGCACUCCCAGAAUUGGCUGAGUGACUGAAGGCUAAUCACUUCACCUCUCCGUGCCUCGUCUUCCCUUUCUAUCUAAAUGGGGAUAGUAAUACUUACCUACCUACCUCACAGAGGUGUUGUGAGGCUGAAUUCAUUAGGCCCUGAGUUUUAGCUGGAUCUGAAGUCAACUUCCAGUCUUGCAGCUGAAUGGAGAGUGCAGGCAGCUCUGUGGACAUACCAGAGGUAUGUUGCUGAUGCAGAGAAUUGUACUUAGCAUGGCUGGAUGCUCUUGUUGUAAAUGUGGAUCUGAUAAUUUGUGAUUUUCUAAGAGAUCUUGGAGGAAAAGCAUGAUAGCAGGGCAGAGAAUUCAGUUCUGAUAUGGAAACAUGAGAAUGCUUAGGCUCAGCUAAGGCAUAAUCAGAUGCGUGCCGUGAGAAUAUUCUAGAGUCUGCUGGUUUCAGGAGAAUGUUUUCCUUUUCAUUGUGGCAAGAAAUGAACACAAGCACUAAAGGCAAAGGAUUCUGGGCUGGGUUGUUACAGCCAGCUAACAAGGGAGGGGGGAUCACCAAAGUUUUCAGUGCAGAGAGAAAGAGUAGUUACCUACUCAUACACAAUGUAGCAGAACAGUUGAGUUAAGCUGUUCAACUCAUUAUGAUGCAAGUUAUUUGUCUGUACAUGACAUCUUCCUGUGAUGGUUUGGUGCUAAACAUCACCUUCGUGUCAUUUGGCAGGAAAAAUUAGAAUAGUGGGCCAAAAUGAGUCAGCACAGUGUCUGCCCCUUGUGGAGACAGAGAUGCUGUUGAUCAUGCCACUUACUGUGGUCACAGGACUGCUGAGAGACUUCAUGUGACCUGCUCUGUUUCUAACCAGCAUAAACUUUUUGAAACGACAUCCCAGGAACACCCAGGAUGGAAGUGGGCAGCUUUUUGUUUAUAGCAACAGCAAAUACUCCCUGUAGUGCUGCAUAACAUGCCAGAAAAUAAGCCUCUUUGUUGUAGUUUACUUCCAUAACUAAAGGAUCUUUUAACUUGUAGAAAUUCUAUGCUGCCAUUUUGUUACAACCCAUUUCUGUGCUCCAGCAGGUUUCAUGCUGGCUUAAAGCUUUCAGACAGAGCUAAAUCGGGGUGGGGGGUGUGGGGGAGUGGUUCUUCUGUUGUUGUUUUUAAGGAGGGGGGAGCAUUAGAAGCAGGGAAGGGUUCAGAUGUAGAGCAAGUUCAGUAUUUGGGGAAUUUGAUGUUGUAUAAAUAUGGAAGGUGAGUGUCACUAGAACAAGUCUUUUGGGAAAUAGGUCUCCGUUGACUUGGCACAGGUCACUUCCAUUGGCUUGCCGGGAGCCAUGAAAUGCAUGCUUACUCGUGGCUGGGAGACACUGCACACCUUGUCCCUCACUCCUCCGCCUCCUGAAUGAGAAACAACCCCUUUGUGAGGAAAAAAAAGAGUUUUAUCAGGUUUGCCCAAUACGUGGAGAAAUUCAGGAAAUGAAAAUCACAUGUUCUCCAUUUGCUAUUAGAAUUCCCUCUGUGGGUUUAAUGCAUUUGUCGUUGUUGUAUUUGUGCAUGGUACAAGUGACAACACUGCAUAAUACAGUGAGCAAUAACAAUUAGGUAUUAACCACUUUCACAUUAAACCUGCCACAUGCAACCGUUCCCCAGGGCCACAGAAUGUUUUAGUUUUGCCCUGUACGUUUUACUGUGUGAGAUUUCAGAUUUUUUAUUGACUGUCUUUAGCUCCAACUAAAUGGGGAACAGUAAACAACCCCUGUGAUCAAAAUCUAUUUUAAUUUCAUUUUGUUGGUUAGCCUGUACCUCUGGCCUGAUAUUGGUUUUCCUUCUGUUUAAUCAUACCUUACUGAAACAAGGAAAAAGCAUUGAGGGGGUGCUACACCCAUGCAUAUCACUCUAGGCCAUGUUUUCUUUCAUUAGGGCAAGCUCGUUCUGUGAACAUCUCUUCCAAGUUGCAGAACGGAUCCAGGGGCACAGAGGUGUCUGUGAUUCUGUUAGGAAGCAUUGGUAGUUUCAGCUGGAUGGUGAUAAUGGGUUUGAGCAGUUUCGGGUUCUUUGCAUUGCCAUGCUGCCCAGCAGGGCUGCACGUGUGUGUGGACACUCGUCCCCUCAGCUGCAGAAGAGCACUGGAGACAGUGACCCAGAGAGGAUGGUCAGCAGAGGCUUCCCAGCAGCAGCCCUUCAGCACUCGCUCUCCCUACGUGCAGUGUUAGCCAUGUUUGGCCUCUAUGGACUUUCUUUGUAAAUUAAAACUCUGUUUCCAGACAGCAUUAAACUUUUUAUAUUAUGAAAUUUACCAUGUAAAAAGAUUUUCAUAUUUUUAUUGAAAUUGCUAAGGCAUUUGGCCUUUUCUUCUUUGUGAUUUCAGUGUCUAUUAAAGCAUGAGUUCUCUCAGUG